AUGAAAGACAGAACACCGUUGCCACUAAUAUCGGAACUACGGGACCGAUUGCACGGUAUGAAUUGGUUCACCGCGGUAGACCUAAAGGGAGCAUACAAUUUGAUUCGAAUAAAAGAGGGUCACGAGUGGAUGACAGCCUUCAGGACGAAGCUCGGACUAUUCGAAUACUUGGUAAUGCCAAUGGGGCUCACCAACGCACCAGCAACAUUCCAGAGAAUGAUUAACAGCGUACUGCGAGAAUAUUUGGACAACUUCGUGGUAGUAUAUCUCGAUGAUAUACUGAUCUUCUCGAAAACCCUAGAAGACCACAAGGAACACGUACACACGAUACUGAAAACGCUACAAGACGCCAAGCUACUAGUCGAACCAGCAAAAUGCAAGUUCCAUACCCAGGAAGUAGACUUCCUAGGACACACGAUACGACCAAACGAAAUACGAAUGGAAAAAUCCAAGAUAGAGGCAGUAAGAAACUGGCCAACACCGAAGAAUGUCAAGGACAUACAAAGCUUUAGAGGCUUUGCGAAUUACUACAGGAGAUUCAUCAAGAGCUACGGCGAAAUCGCAGCACCCUUGGAUGAACUCACCAAGAAGGAUAAGCAGUGGAACUGGAAUGAUGAGGCGCAAUGUGCCUUUGACAAGAUCAAAGAACUCAUCACAUCCGAACCUGUUUUAAGAACCUUCGACCCAGAAAAGGAAACGGAAUUAGAAACCGAUGCAUCAGACUUUGCUCUGGGAGCACAAGUUGGACAACGAGACGAUGACGGAAAACUACACCCUAUUGCGUUCUACUCAAAGAAACUUCACGGAGCAGAACUCAACUACCCCAUCUACGACAAAGAAUUCCUAGCAAUCAUCAAUGCUUUCAAGGAAUUUAGACACUACCUCAUGGGAAGUAAACACAAAGUUAAGGUGUACACCGAUCACAAGAACAUCUCUCACUUUGCGACAACGCAACAAUUGAAUGGACGACAAAUUCGAUGGGCCGAAUAUCUUUCAGAAUUCGACUAUGAAAUCAUCCAUCGAAAAGGAUCCGAAAACGGACGAGCAGACGCUCUAAGUCGAAGAAGCGACUACGAUACAGGAGUACCUACAGCGACAGGACAACUCCUCGAGUUAAACAAAGAUGGCAACUUUCAGCAGAGACAACUCAAUGCCAUACUAAAAGUACAAGACGAAGACCCAAAGAAUGUCUCACAGAACCCGGAACUAUCCCAAAGUACCAUGGAAAGACCUGGAUACCUCCAGAACUACAAGAAGAAUGCAUCAAAGAAAUGCAUGAACACCCAGUUUACGGACAUCAAGGAAUCCGCAAAACACUGGAUAAGAUACGACGACAAUACGAUUUCUCAGGAAUCAAGAAAAUGGUCGAGAAGGUUGUCAACGAAUGCAUACAAUGCGGAAAAAGUAAGGCUUCGCGACAUAAGCCAUAUGGAGAAUUGCAACCAUUACCAGUACCAACACGACCAUGGGAAUCGAUAG